AUGUUAGCGGUUGCUGCUGGUGUAAUAGGUUAUGUGAGUUUUAAAGAGAAAUUAUCUGCUGCAACGAUUAUAAAUGAUAGUUUAAAAGAUAGAAGGGAAAAAUAUAACUUUAUAGCGGAUGUCGUAGCUGUUUCAGCUCCGUCUGUUGUGUAUAUAGAAAUCAAAGAUGGCAGAAGACUUGAUUUGUUUACUGGAAAGCCGAUUACGCUGUCCAAUGGCUCAGGUUUCAUUGUGAAAGAAGAUGGGCUGGUCUUGACAAACGCUCAUGUGGUCGUUAACAAACCGAAUGCUAUUGUCGAAGUAAAGUUGUUGGAUGGCUCUACAUACAAAGCUGUAGUUGAGGAUGUGGAUCUAAAAUCUGAUUUGGCAACAUUACGGCUACCAGUUAAAAACCUACCUACAAUGAAGCUUGGGUCAUCAGCUGAUAUUAGGCCAGGAGAGUGGGUUGUUGCAAUGGGCAGUCCGCUUGCGCUAAGUAACACUGUCACAGUUGGUGUAGUAAGUUCCGCUCAAAGAGCCAGCGCGGAGCUUGGUUUACGAGGUAAAGACAUGGUAUACAUACAGACCGAUGCACCAAUAACCUUUGGCAACAGUGGGGGUCCACUGGUCAACUUGGAUGGAGAGGCUAUCGGGGUGAACAGUAUGAAUGUGACGUCUGGCAUAUCCUUUGCUAUACCCAUUGACUAUGUCAAGGAUUUCUUGGCUAAGGGUAAAGCGACAUCACCGCCGGUCUCUAAGCGGUACCUCGGGAUAACAAUGAUGUCUCUCACACCCAACAUACUGAUGGAGCUUAGAAUGAGGAAUCCAGAGAUGCCGACUGACAUCAAGCACGGCAUUCUUGUCUGGAAAGUUAUAAUUGGCUCCCCGGCAUACAACGGCGGUCUGCAGCCCGGUGACAUAGUGACUACAAUUAAUGGGAAGCCGGUGUAUAGCGCUAGCGACAUCUAUACACUUCUAGAGGGCUCCACCGGUCGCUUGGAAAUGUUAGUAGUGCGCGGACGUCAACGGAUCACCCUUACGAUAACACCCGAAAUAUAA